AUGUCCUCAGGUUUGAAAGAGACUUGUCUGCAAAAGUUGCGGGGUCGAAGUCUCUUCGACCAAGCAGUUCACGCCCUUGACGAAAACGCACAUCUGGGCCUGAUCGUGAGCUUCAGGGAAACGCCCUGCCUCUUGGUUUAUGGCUACGCCGCAGCUGCCGUGUCGCUGUAUAUCUUCUGGUGCAUCCGACGUUCGGUUCGGAAUGCUCUUACACUGAGUGCGUCUGCCUCGCGCCCGGUGAAUGGCACUCCCAAGUCCGACAAGCCGAGACAGGAUGCGUGCCGACAGUGCGUGACAGACUCGCAGAAUAGAGUCAUCGAGUUCGAGGGUUACAAGCAUUCUCGCCUUGGGCGGGUCGUGUCAAUGCUGGUGCCGAUGACCACCGCGCUCAUCACCAUCCUUUUUGUCAUCGUAGUGGCGGAUUACUACUGGGAUUGCGAAUGGAGCUGGCCAGACCAUCUGUGUUUCAUCGGCACAUUUCCGAUCUUUGGGAGUUUUGACGCCAACUCCUAUGUGUUCUUGAUACUCUGGUGCCUGGGCGUUACCUGGUUCUUCUUCCUCAUUGUCAACACGGGAGGGCAGAUGGUCAAGCAGUUUGGCUUGAGAGCUCCCUUCCGCAAGGCUGCUGUCAUCUGCGUGUCUGUGCAGGAACGGCAGGAGACCAUUAGCAGUGGCUAUUCGCGGACACUGGCCCUUCGCAAGAAGGCUCUGGGCUUGGUGGCGAAGGUCUUUCGUGGCAAGGACCUGCCCGGCGGAUUCUUGUCGCUGUCCGGCGCGUCCUCGCAGACCAUCCCGCUGAAGUACGACCACACCAGCAAGCUCUGGUACGUGGAGUUUCGCUGCCAAAGAUACGUGUACGAUUCUGACGGCGACGGCUUUGUGCAGCAUGAUCCCAGCACCAGUCUGCGGAAAGGUCAUGCGGCCUUCGACACACUGCUAGCAGAAGGUGGCCUGAGGACGAAGAGCCCCUCGCCCCAAGGCUUCAAGUCCGUGGAUGAGAUGUACAGGAGCGCCGGGCCGAACCAGAUUCCCUUUGAAGUGGACUCUUGGUCACAGGCUCUCACUGAGGAGUUCAGCACGCUCUUCUUCUUGUACCAGUUUUCCAUCUACGCCGUCUGCGUGUGGUUCUCCUACUGGCACUACACAAUCAUUGCCAUGACCAUUGCUAUCAUCUCUGGUUUUUUCAACACCUCUGUGAGACUGGCAAGUCAGCAGUCCAUCAAAUCCAUGAUGGAGCAGCAGCUGACGGCCCACGUGCUUCGAGAUGGCCAGGUCGUUGAGAUUGACGCCAACGAGCUUGUGCCUGGUGACAUCGUCAAGGUGCAGCCUGGUCCAGUCCCUUGCGACCUGCUCUUGCUCCGCGGGGCGGCGGUCUGCGACGAGUCGACACUGACGGGCGAGUCCAUGCCUGUGCAGCGCUUGGCACCGGUAGAGAAGUUGCCAGAUGACCCGCCCGGGUUCCGCUUUGCCGCCAAGCACUCCUUGGUGGCAGGCACGUCUGUGCUCCAGGUUGUCGACAACGAGACAUGGGCUCUGGCAACCCAUACGGGCAUUCACACUCAGAAAGGGCAGCUGCUCCUGUUGAUCUUGUACCCGCCAAAAUUGGUGUUCAAGUACGAUGAGCAGCUGAGCGUUGUCUUUUUCUUGCUCAUCAUCUACGCUUUUGCCCUUGUGGUCAAGCUGAUGAGAGUCAUGUACGUCCGCUACGCGGUGCAGCAGAAGCUGCCCCUCACGGCCACCUGGGCCAGCGGGGUCUUCACCUGCUCCUGCGUACUACCUACGAUGCUGCACAUCGUGCUGUCCGUGGGCCAGGUGAUUUCAGCAAAGCGGCUGAAGGAGAAGAGUUGCAGCAUCUUCUGCGUGGUGCCCAAGCGGAUCGCUUUGGCGGGGAAGGUUCGUGUCGCCUGCUUCGACAAGACGGGCACCUUGACGACCAGCGGUUUGGAGUUCUUCGGAGUGCACUGCGUGGAGACGGAGGGCAGCGGAGGCUCCCCGAGCCCCUUCUCCUCAAAGCGCCUGAGUGCUUCGACGACCCCGAAGCUGGAGGCAGAGCCGCGAAGAUCGAAGUGGGAUCUCGACAUUCUCUGCGGAUUGGCGAGCGCACACUCGUUGUCUCCGUUUUCACAAAGUGAAACGGGUGUUGUUGGCAAUGCUGUCGAGGUGAACAUGUUCAAAGCCUCCAGAUGGUCAUUGGCUUCGCAGAGCGACGUGCAAUGCCCAGCCGACUCUGCUUUUCCAGGGCACCGGCUCGAAAUACGGAAACGCUUUGACUUCUCCCACAGCACCAUGACCAUGAGUGCCGUGGUGAAGCACCAUCCUAGUGGGGAGGAAGGCAUCUACUGCAAGGGGAGCUUCGAGCACAUCCUGCGCAAGUGCCGGCCAGACUCGGUUCCGGAGAACUUCAUCCAGGUUGCCGAAGCGCAUGCCUUUGCAGGCAUGUACGUCCUGGGCCUGGCUGCGCGGCCUUUGCAAGCCGGCGAGUCUGUGCAAAAUCGCGCAGACGCAGAGAAAGAUCUGACCCUGCUAGGAUGCCUGCUGUUCAAGAAUCCCCCUCGUCCGGAUACUGCGGAGACCAUCGAGUGCUUGCGUGCCGGUGACGUCCGGAGCGUCAUGAUCACUGGGGAUGCGGCUGGCACGGCGGUGUCCAUCGCCAAGGAGAUAAAGCUCGCGGCGCCGGGGCUUCCCGUACUGCUGGGAGAUAUGGAAAGCAACGCGAACGGCCACAACGUCGUUUGCUGGAGGUGCGUCGGCGAAGACCUCAAAGGCCUGAACGAGAUUCUCCUGGGCAACGAGUGGCUGACCUGGCGGAAGAAUUACAAGCAGUGGCGGGGAGGAGGUGCAGCCGGGGCGCGCGGCGAAGCCACUGCCAAGGCUGCCAAGCGGCGCGCGCGUGAAGCGCAGGCCGAAAUCUCCAGGCGCUGCUCUUGGCCACAGUUGGAGGAGGUGCAAAAUGCAGGUGAAGAAGCCGGGGAUGAGGACUUUGUGUUUUCGACGGAGGAGAUAGUGCUCUCACGACUCUUCGAGUGGUGUGAACUGGCGGUCACGCAGCAGGCCUUUGAAUGGCUUGCUGCACAGCAAUGCUCGCCGGAUCUGCGCCGGGUUUUGCUGGGCUCACGCCUGUCCUCUCUGAAAAAGGGCAGGGUGCUUGGCAGUGGCAAAGGCCACACCUCCCUCCUCUGGGAGCUGCUCACCUCCAUCCGCAUCUUCGCCCGCAUGACCCCGAACGGAAAGAUCAGUGUCGUGGAGGGCUUCAUGUCCCAGGGCCUCAUUUGCGCCAUGGUCGGUGAUGGUGGCAACGACUCUGGCGCCUUGCGCACGGCGCACGUGGGGAUGGCUCUGAGCUCUGCCACCUCAGCCACAGUGGUCGCCCCCUUCACCACUUGCCGGCCCAGUGUGGCGCCCAUUGCAGACCUCCUGCGUGAGGGCCGAGGCGCGCUGGCCACGUCCUUUGCUGGAUACAAGUACUGUGUCCACUAUGGACUUCUGAACUCAGUGCUGAAGUUCAAGACCUAUUGGCACGGCAUUUCGCAAUCCAUGAUGGCGGCCUACUUCCAGGACAUGAUUGGCUUCCUGAGCCUGUCCUGGGCCAUGAGCUUGGCCAGGCCUGCGCCGGUGCUGGCCACCAGCCGGCCGACCUCUUCGCUCUUCUCCGGCUUCACGGUGUUGUCCGUUGUGGGCAUGCUGGGCUUGAAUGCCCUUUUUCUGGAAGUGAACUGGAGCAUCAUAACGUCGGAUGAGGAGUACGUGCCGUUCCCGGUUCACAAGGUCCGCAUCACGCAGUGGUGGAAGCUGAACACGAACUGGGAGGUCACGACUCUUUUCUUUACGUACACCUUUCAGCUCUUCUGGUCGGCUGUGGUGUAUUCCUUCGGUGAUGUUUUCCGGCUUCCCUGGUACACGAACUUAGUCCUGAUGGCCUUGGUGGCGGUCAACCUGGGGCUGCUGACGUUCCUGAUGCUGAGCAGCCCCAAUUGGAUGACCCGCUUGUUCAAGCUCGUCUUCGAGGACGUCACGGAUUCCGAUCCAUGGACGCCAGAGGAGUACUGCCCAGCAAUGCCGAGAUCGGUGCGCUACCAUCUGCUCUUGGUGAUCAUGUGCAAUCUCACAUGCACCGCUUUCCUGGAGAAGGUGAUCAUCCAAGGCCGAGUGGGCGACUACAUGAGGGUGUUGGGUCGUGCCCUGUCGAAGCACGUCACGCUGCGGCUGUAG